CAAUUAACGUUCACACGUGUAAGAGAGAACAGAGAACGCAAAAUCCGCGGGAAAUUGCACGUCUUCAAUAGUAUGAUUACAAACGUUAUUUACGUCGAUGCACGUGAAGUCGAUCCAAGAAGAUACCAUGCAUUUAUCCUUUUAUGUAAUUGUACUGCAUUUAUGAAAACAUGCUACAAUUAAUGAUUAAGAACAUCGCUAUUAAAUGCUGUGGGAUGUAGUAAGAAUACCUAUAAAUAUCGUUGUUUUAGUUCUUUCAAGACAGUUUCGUGUCUUCCAAUGUACAAUAAUGCCAUCCUACGUAUUUAUAUACGAUAUUAACCGACAUAUGAUGAUUCUAGUUAGUAAGCAGUCAACAACACAUUCGUCAUUCAAACGAUUAGUCGGUAAGUUUUGAUGAGUUGUAUGCAAUACAUUGAUAUACGUUCAAGGAAUCAAAAGAAAUUCGUAUAUUAUAUUAGACAUAUCAUUGUCAAUGGAUUACCCUUAAUAUAUUGUCGAAACUUGCACGUGACUAUUGUCUAUUACGUCCAUUGGUCGAUGAGUUCGAUUGUGCCACGAGGUACGACGAGUUGGUCGAUAGGUAUCCUCAGAAAUUCCACUCGAGGAGGUAACGUGACAAGGUGUGCAGUGGCGGGUCGGACGAGUUGUUUUCUCUUCGCUCAUUUAUCCAAAAUCGAAUACAUAUAUCGAAAGGUGAAUCGAUGACGUCUGAUGCCGGAUCCACGUUUCAAAAUAACCUCAAUGAUUUCUCCAAACAGAACCAGAUGGAAAUCGCUCAAAACAAAGAUGCUUCUUCCAAAAUACUUCGGCCACGAAAGAUGUUAAUACAGACGAGCGUUAAUCCUCUCAUUUCGUCGUAUUCGACUUCUGGACGAUUUCUUUACGAAAUUCGUGCAGCGUCUUUGUAUAUUAUAUUUCGUGUUUCACUGCAUCGAUCAUCAAGGUUAUUUUUUAUGGCUCUGGAAAUCGAUCAGAUACGAGGAAUUUUUUCAGACAGCGAACUAGCAACGUUUCGGCGAAGUACAUCCCUCAGAUUGGCAAAAUCAUCAAACCCAAGUACCGUCAAUAGCAAUCAAUCGUACGUGUCGUCGAACGAUGGAAAAUCAUCGGUGUCCAUGACAUGGACCCCAGAUAAAGGAGAUACCAUACCAGUUCGGCCCGCCAGGCACUCCGCACCUGCGAUCGACGCACCUGCGCCGGAAUAUCUCGCCAGAAAUCUUCUGCAGCUUGGCUGUCCCGCCGUGUCAAUGCCCACACCUCGUGGAGGAGUAGGAUCUGAGCCUCCGCAGAGUAGCGACAGCGAUGAACAUUCGACGACGCAUACCCAACAGCAACAACUACAGCAACAGCAUAGUCAUGGGCAUGGGUUUGGACAAGGACAGGUGGAUAUCUACAACUUGCCCAAAGUCCAGGUGUCGGGACCAUCGAACAUUGAUGAAUCCUCUUCCGUCGUCAAUGGGUCUGCGGGGUCCAUAGGAGCACGGUCUGCGCCCAGCACGCCUCUUCAAGUAGCUCCUGGUGCGCAACAAGCGGGCCAGCAGUCGAUUAGCGGUUCUCAGCUUACAGUAGCCGCUGCCAAUAAUUCGCAGCCACCAAGGAGCCCGAGCCACGCGGCCUUGAGAUGUAACGACAGUCAUCUUUCCAAACCGCUCAGUAGAAGUACACCAUCAAUGGCAGCUGGUGGUGUUGUGCAGACUCCAGGGAAGGUUAGUAGAUCUUCGUCCACAUCGUCGCCAACGACUACCAGCAGCGCGAGACAGAAGAAAUUCCACAGGCAUUUCUCUCAGGUUGCUGCGGACGAACGGGUAUUAAACUACUACAGUUGCGCGCUGGUAGGCGAUAUCUUGUUGCAAGGACACCUGUACAUUACACCAAAUUAUUUCGCGUUCUACAGUAACGUGUUCGGCUAUGUAACGAAGCUUUUGAUACCUACAGUUUCCGUGUUGAAGAUCAGUAAAGAGAAGACAGCACGAAUCAUUCCAAACGCUGUGGCAAUCGCCACCGAAGAGGAGAGACACGUCUUCUGUUCUCUUCUAUCCAGAGACUCGACCUUCAAGUUGAUGAAACAGGUUUGGGACGCUGCGCUGGAGCCACAACCGUCGCCAACGAUUCUACCGUUGACCACAGAGCAGAAGCUCCUCACCCCAAACGCGUUGGUUGUCGAUGAUUCCGAGGUGAAUCCAGAGGAAGAUGAUUCCAGCAUGUCUGAAAGCGGGACAGAUCUGAAUUCCAGACCGCCGACCAUCUGCACCGACACUGAUGCUGUCCCAUUGAAAAUUGUCAGGCCUAGUUUGCCACCACCUGCAAAGGUGGAACCAUCACCGGUGCCGAUACUUCCAGCAACGUCCAACAACUCCAACGCUGUUUUAUCCUUGUUCACGGGUAGAUUGAAGACUAGCACAGUGAUUACCAUACUGAUAGUAGUCCUAGCAGCUCUAUACAUGUCGGCGGCUUUGAUGAUGAUUCGCAUCGACAGGUUACAUACGGCGUAUCUCAACCAUCCGUUUGUUUCGCCGGAACGUUUCACUCAGGAUCGACUUUUGCAUUACCUUAAUACAAACAUUGAUCAAAUAGUAAAGGUACGACAGAGUCUACAGAUGUUGUCGCAGCAGUUCGUGUCGAUGAGCCAAAACGGAGAAACCGAGCCGAGCGUAUCCGGUGGCAUGUUGGAACCGGAAGACGCUCCGAGUUAGCCCCCGACGAAGCUAAAUAAUUUAAUGCAACCAAAUAAUAUGAGUCCCCGUCGCAUCGCUAGCGUAUGAAGCGUCUCGUAUUAAUACUCGGUUGUCUUCGUAAUCGGCGUCGAUUUAUUAUCGGCGUGCGAAAACGAUCUCGAUUCGAUCAAUUAAUUAACGGUGUCGCUUCGACGGUCCUUAAUAGGCAAUUAUUAUCGUUAGACUAUCUAGACUUACCUGAACAGGUUUCGAAGAUAAUAGGUUAUUUAAAGUAAAAGAACAAAACAGACAAAAAGAAAGUAAAUUAUACACUGAAAAUUUUUCGAACGCAGGGAUCGCAACGAUCGUAACGAUCCUUCUACACUUAGAUUGGAGAGCAUGCGUAACUCGAUUCUUAAUUUUCAGUCACGCUUGCAGAAUUUAAAUAAGAUGCUUAAAGGCUGUAACAAACGAAGUAAAUGUAAAAAAGAAAAAAUAUAAGAAGCGUCGUAUAUACGAUAUACAUGUACGAGUGUGUGCUAGACAAUUAUAUGUAUGACAAGAUGAUGCGAAAUGAAUUGAUGAAUAUGAAGUAAAAAAAAAAAAAAAGAAAUAUUUGAAUGCGCAACGCGAGCGAAGGGAUUUUCGUUUUUGAAAACUAGUCACGUAUUUAUAUAUGCCCCACAUACAACAAGAGUAUAAUGAACAAAAAAAUGGAAUAUAUAUAUAAAUAUAAAUAUUAUAAAGAAGCUAUAUAUGUGUAUAUAUAUAUGUGUAUACAUACACAUCAUAUAUAUAUAUAUAUAUAUAUAUAUAUAUGAUAUAUAUAUGAUAUAUAUAUAUAUAUAUGUAUAUAUACACAUAUAUAUACAUAUACAUACAUACAUAGAAUAAUGCAUAUUUCGCGAUUACUUGUUGAUAUUGUAUAUCUAAGAUAGUUGAGGCACUACCUUUUUAAUCGAUACAACCGGCAAAGAAUUACAUUAUAGAAUUAACAAAGUGGUUAUGCAUUUCUGUCGUACCGAAAGCAAGAAUAAUGUGUUGUAUCGCUACAAGAAAUACCAAGAAUGAAAAAGAAGUUUCUUAACAGACGAGCUUGUGCUGCAGUAUUCUGAUCGUUCGGAAUACACGCUAUUUCGUCAUCGAACAUCGAAUACUGCGCCUUCUAGACAAAAACAGUUAAAAUGAAAAAAAAGAAAAUAAACGAGAUACUGCAUUUCCCACGCACACUGGUGUUCCUACGAAAAAAAAAUUUUUCCGGUCGUUUAUUCGGGAUGAUAACGAAAGAGUAGUUUUCUUCGUUUCUCUGUCUUUCCUUAUCUUUUUCAUUUGCAUUUUUUUUUACUUGACUCCUUCGAGACGAUUCUUGGUAUGCGAAAGUGCUCGCGAAAUAUUCUAUUCACUUAUGAACAUAUUUCAAUAUCGUUGCACAUGUUCUUCUAUGUGUAUGUAAAAUAAUGCGAAGAAACGAUCGAACAAAGUGUUGUUAUAAUUGCGGUUAAAAUAUGGGAUACGAGAAACGGGAGAUUUGACUGUGAUAGUAGGAUCGAGGAUCGAAUUUUGUUAAAACACGACCGCGUUUGACAGAUUCGUCGUGUUCGUCCCAUCGAAACAAAAAUGAAAUUAAUAAGUAAAACUAAAGUAAAUGAGAGACUGGUUAUUACGAUCGGACCAAAAAAAAAAGAAUGUCGUAAACGCGGUCGUCAUUGCGCGAGAUCGCGCGGGAUCUAAAAAGAAAUGCUGUUACGUUAUUUACCUGAUAUUUAUAAAAACUAAAAAAAAUGCACGUACGAUGAUGCGAAAUUCAAUUGAACCGUUGUUUUUCGAUACGAUUAUCAUUUAUUACGAUUGAAUCAUUGUGAUUGUAUUUACCGAUAAACGGCGUUAAUUUUUAAUUACUUGAACAUAUAUUAUACCUUUGCUAUUGUUCGUCGUUUUAUUGUCAUUACGUUCGCGAAACGUAUAUUCUAAAUUGUAAGAAAGAGAAAGUGAAAAGAUAUAAAAAUAUGGGGGAUAUAUUUAUCUGGUGGCAAUUUAGUGGACUAUCUAAUUUAUUUUAAUUUAGUCUUUAUGAGUUUCUAAUUACGAAUUUAUAGUUUGAAUCUUUUUGUGUACUUUACCUUUACGUUGAUUAAAUUCGCUGGAAUUUACAGUUGCGAAUUGUAUAUGCCUUUUUAAAGUAUUGCUUAUUCAAGGGAGAGGAGAUAUACUUGUGCCUGGCGUGUGCCGUAAUGGAGAAAUAUCGGCUGCAUUCUAAAAUAGGAAAUGAAACACAAGAGCAUACGUGUAUAUGAAGCAAAAAAUGCUGGAAUUCGUUCGUCAGGCGAUUUACAUCGAAUACUAUUUUAUCUUUUUUUGAUAGAUUGAAUGUUUUGAAAUUGGACGAUGUUAAUAUGAUAUAAAAAAUUAAUGAAAAUUGGACGACGCUCGCCAUUUGAAAGCGAACAAAAUUUAGGGGAAAAAUAGAAAACUAUUUAAUAAAAUUUAUGCCAAAUGUCGGAUCUAUUGUACUUCUCGUAUAAAGAACAAGAAAUUGUUUUGUAAAAACUUAUCUGUUACUGUAAAUUCACUAAAAAUGACGUAGUCGAACAAUUCACAGAGCGAUUGAAUGGAGAAAAUAUUUUUUAGAAUGACUAGUUGGCGAUAAUUAUCCAUUUGAUCUAGCUUUGGAUCUCGUUACGUAAAAUUUUAAACGGAAACAGGUCUGUAAAGGGACGAAUGGUUUCUCUCUUUCCGUUCUCGUAUGAAUAUCAUUCGCCUUAAUCCUGUGUAUUGUUAGACCAAUGCUCAACGUACGACUCAUUAUUCCUAGAAUAUGUAUCCGUAUAUAACAGCUCUUGAUUUGUACUUGUUCUAUAUGUGCGAACUGUCGUGACGACGUCAAUUGAAUUUGCUGUACUUUUCAGAAUCUGAUGCUAUUAAAUUUGAUCAAAUUGACAGAAUUGAUCAGUAUUGAAUACUUUCAAACAUAAUAGGUCAAAGUUGUCUGUUUCGUAUUUCUGUAUAUUUUUAAUUUUUGAAAUAAAACAAUAAUUAUUUAUUUGAGAGAAUACAGAAUACUUUCAUUUGAUUUUUUUUAUUUAAAAGGAUUGGAAUUAUUAUUGAACUUUAUCAGUUAAUAUUUGUACUAUCAUUGUUUGUUCUUUUUAUAACGUUAAUGUUAGAAAAGCUCUUAGAUUCGUUUAAUUGUUACAAGAUAUUAUUUAAUCUCAUAGUUCAUUGUAAAUUCCAGGUAAAAUUUUAUGUAUUUCCAAUUUUUAGUAAACUUGCUGUUAAGCAUUUGUAACGUAGUUAACAUAAUUAUGAUAUUAUUAUAAUAUUUAAGUUAUUAACUUGCGCUGUAAAUACUGUACUAUUUUACAUUCAUGCUAAUGUCUCACUUUGUCGCCCUGUAAGUAAUUAUAUCUUUACAUUCAAAGGCACAAUGUUUUACAACAGUAAUAUCAAUAGGGGAAGUAACUUUGUUUCCCAAUAGUAUUUAACUAGAAUAAUAUAACAGCUUUUCUGGUUUUCUAAUUUAUAUUAUUUUCCAUUUAUUCUUACAUAUUUUCUAAAUUUCAUGAUUUAUAUUUUUUUGAUAUUAACUAGUUCAUUUGUAAUUAUUCAUAUUUUUAGUAAAAAACCAGCAUCUUUCUUGUAAAUUCUAAAUUAUUGUUAUUAAAAACGAGGGAAAUCAGUUUUAUAUAUGAAUAAAGUUUGGGCAGCACUACCUUAUAAAAUAAUUUUAUUUUCAAUUAUGUUUAGUCUAUUUACUAUUUUAUGAAUGUCCCGCAAAAUAUCUAAAAAUCUUAAAGAAAAAACGUGAUAAAUUACAUCUCCAUAAAUAAAAUUACGCUUAUCAAAAAUACGCUUUUAGAUUUCUCUUUGUAUUUGAUUUCGAGACUAAAUGUACGCUUAUGUAGGUAUGCCACCUACUUUUAAAAUACUUGUAUCUUUAGAUCUAAUUGUUUUCUUCUUUCCAACUAUGUCAAAAGUGGAUUUAUCAUGUUUGUUCUGUGUGGAAUCUACAUAUGCAAAUCAAUGUACAUUUGAUCAAGAUCUCCAAGAACUAAAGAACAAAUAUAUUCAUCGAAUAUACAAUUCAAAUAACCUCAAUGUGUCUCUGCUCAAUUGUCAAUCAGAUUUUGAAAAUGUAUAGCUUUCGUUAACAAAUUGUAUCCUCUGCGUAAAUAAGAAAAAAGGAAAUUUGUCAAACCUGACAUAGAUGUGUUUAGAAUGCAUUUAAAAACGCGUGCCGGUUCCUAGUGAAAAAUAUUUAGCGCGCGACGAUAUAAAAAAGAAAAAUAAAGGUUUUAGGAACGAAAGAAAAGAAGAUAAAUAAAAGACCGUACAAUUGGAAAAUUACAGACAGACCAAUAAUUUACAACAUAAUUUGUGUAGUCCGAUAAAACGGAGCGCAAAUAAAUUUAUGGAAAAUUGAAA